GGGUUUCCCUUUGUAACUGCAUUUUUAGUCUAUAUAUGGCGGAAAAGACACUUGUCGAUGUAUAACAACAUAGAAGACUUUCUGCAGAGUAAUAAUAAUUUCACGCCAAUAAGGUACUCAUACUCGGAGAUAAAAAAGAUGGCUAGAGGUUUCAAGGAAAGAUUAGGAGAAGGAGGCUAUGGCUCGGUGUACAAGGGAAAGCUACGGAGUGGUCAUUUUGUUGCCAUUAAGAUCUUGAAUAAAUCCAAAGCUAAUGGCCAAGAAUUCAUCAAUGAAGUUGCUACCAUUGGAAGGAUUCACCAUGUUAAUGUUGUACAACUUGUUGGCUUCUGUGUUGAUGGUUCGAAACGUGCUCUUGUGUAUGAAUUCAUGCCUAAUGGGUCUCUUGAAAAAUACAUCUUUUAUGAACAAGAAAUUGCCUCUUUGAGUUGCGAGAAAAUGUUCAGUAUUGCGCUUGGAGUAGCUCGUGGCAUAGAAUAUCUACAUCAAGGAUGUGAAAUGCAAAUUCUGCACUUUGACAUCAAGCCUCACAACAUUCUUUUGGAUGAAAAUUUCUCUCCAAAGGUUUCUGAUUUUGGGUUAGCAAGAUUAUGCCCUUUAGACAAUAACAUUGUGUCUAUGACUGCAGCAAGAGGUACUUUAGGGUAUAUAGCUCCUGAGUUAUUCUAUAAGAACAUCGGAGGAGUUUCAUACAAAGCUGAUGUGUAUAGUUUUGGAAUGUUAUUGAUGGAAAUGGCUGGGAGGAGGAAGAAUUUAAAUGCAACUAUAGAGAACUCGAGCCAAAUCUACUUUCCUACAUGGGUUUCUGAUCAGCUUGUUGGAGGAAAUGAGAUACACGUUGGAGAUGCUAGUCAUGCUACUGAGGAAGAGAAGACGAUCACAAAGAAGAUGAUGAUAGUGGCAUUAUGGUGCAUACAACUGAAGCCAAAUGAUCGUCCUUCUAUGAACAAAGUAGUGAAGAUGCUUGAAGACGAUAUUGAUAUCCCUCAAAUGCCUCCAAAGCUUGCCUUAUAUCCGCAAGAUGAAUUGCCAGCCGUUAUCGGGGAUAAUUCUAGCUUUACAAGUGCCCAUGAUUUUAGCCGUUAUUAG